AUGCUGGUGGUCAACUAUAGGUUGCGGAGGUUGGAGCACCCCAAGAGCAGCGGCAGAAAGUCCCCAGCCAUGAAGAGGCAAGUGUGCCUGGAGACCCUGCUGGUGGGCGACGACCACAUCUAUACUGUCUGUGCUCAUGCUGGUCCUGAAACCCUGCUGCUGCUGACCACUGCUUGGAGCCAGCAGCUGCAGAGUGAGCCCCAAUACAUGCUGCUGGCUAGCAUCCUGCUCUCGGACCUGGCUUACGUGGUCCUGCACAUGCACACAUCCUCUAGUCCCCUGGGUGGCUGGGGUCUUGGCCAGGCAGACCAUAGCCUUCUCACUGAUGCCGUUUUUGCCGUCUAUACCAGUGCCACGCUGUCCUUCACAGCUACCAUGCUUCACACUUACCUGGAGUUCACCGCCCCUUUGCAUCAUCUCUCCUUCAUGUCCCAUGGGGCUGUCUGGAAGGCCGUAGUGUGCCAGGACACCAGGCUGCAGGAGCAAGGGGCUUUGUACUGCCUACUGCUGGACCUGGGUGCCCAACAUAGUGGGGAAGCCCUGGUGGCUGUCACCCAUGCCUGCAGGCUGUGUAUCCUACGCACAGCUCUCAUUGCCUACUGUUUCUGGAGGAUUUGCUUAGAGCCCAGGGUUUCAGGUCCCAGCAGGCAGGGCUUUUCCCAGGCCAAGGAGAUGCUGAUCAUCCACAUGGUACUGAUCACACUGUGCCUUAGUACAGGACUGAAGUUCUCCCUGAAUAUCAUGCUGACCAAGCACCAGCACUUCGGAGUCAGGCUGGCUGCCAACAGCAAGGUGCUCACAAUGCUUCCUCGUGCCUUGCUCCCCUAUCUGUAUAUGCUCUGCUACUGCCAGCUGCUGGGAAUGCCCCAGGGCUGCUGCUCACUCAGGUGCCCCAAGCCGCUUAACCCUCGCCUGCCCGCCCCCGCGCGCCUCCGCCAAGCCCCUCGGGCGGCUGCGGUGGGCGCGGGCGCGCCGCCUCCCUCCACCCCGCCAGGCGCGCGGCUCCGGGAGCUGACCGUGGUGCUGAGCGCGCGGCUCGAGCUCGGACGCCGCGCCCGGGUGCCCAGGGGACGGCCGCGCCCUGCCACACUCCGGCCGCCAGCGGGUAAGUCGCCGCCGCCCCGGGAGGCUACGUGA